GAUAUAUUAUGGUAUAUAUAUUCUGCAACGCCAUUGAUUGCAACAUUCAACUGUUUCCCACAUUCAUCCAUCCAAAUCAGAAAUCACAAUAUAAAUUGGAGGGUUGUGCUUGUAAAUGUGAACAUAUAUACAUGGUCAUGGAGAUAGAAAUAUCAUCAUCAUCAGCAAGAGAUGUGGAGGUUGGCGAAGGAGCGGCGGCAUUCCUAGCGUGGGAGGACUUGACGGCCCUCCUCCCCAACUCCGGCAAUGGCCCCACCAGAAGGUUGCUCAAUGGCUUAACCGGUUUCGCCCUUCCCGGCAGAAUCAUGGCCGUUAUGGGCCCUUCCGGCUCCGGCAAGUCCACCUUUCUUGAUUCUCUUGCAGGCAGGCUUUCAGGAAACGUGGUAACUUCUGGGAACGUUCUUCUCAAUGGAAAGAUAAAAAAGUCGCUUCACUAUGGCAUUGUUGCUUACGUAAGCCAAGAAGAUGUGGUUUUAGGGAGUCUUACAGUGAAAGAAAGCAUCGCAUAUUCAGCUGCCCUGAGGCUUCCCAGCAAGCAAGAGACUGCGGAGCUAAUCGAAAACACCAUCGCCGAAUUAGGAUUGGAGGACUGCGCUGAUCACCUCAUCGGAAACUGGCAUUUGAGAGGGAUCAGCGGCGGCGAGAAGAAGCGCCUCAGCAUCGCCCUCGAGAUCAUAACGCAGCCGCACCUUCUCUUCCUCGACGAGCCCACCACCGGCCUAGACAGCGCCUCCGCCUUCUUCGUUGCGCAGUCCCUCAGAAGCAUUGCCCGUCGCCGCAGAACCAUCAUCACCACCAUUCACCAGCCCAGCACUGAGGUUUUCUCUCUCUUUGAUGAUCUCUUGCUCCUCUCCUCCGGUCAAACCGUCUACUUUGGAGAGGCCGCUCCCGCACUUGAGUUCUUUGCUGAAGCGGGAUUUCCAUGUCCGCACACGAGGAGCCCUUCCGAUCAUUACCUUCGUUGUAUCAACGCAGACUUUGACGACGUAAAGAUAAUAGGAACCACAGCAGAGAUCAGAGCCAAGCUUCUACACAAAUACCAAAAUUCCAAACUCGCUGAAAGAGUCCGAGCAAAGAUCAAACACUUCUCUGUUACUGAAGGAUUAGUGUAUGAGGAAAGUAGAGGGAGCCAUGCAAGAUGGAGGAAGCAACUUAUGGUUUUGAUAAAGCGGUCGUUCACAAACAUGUCUCGAGAUUUUGGGUAUUACUGGCUUCGAAUUCUCAUCUAUAUUGUGGUGUCUCUUUGUGUGGGUUCAGUCUUCCACGAUGUUGGAUCUGGUUAUCAUGCUAUUAUGGCUAGAGGAGCAUGUGGUGGCUUUGUAUCUGGUUUUAUGACAUUCAUGGCCAUUGGAGGCUUCCCAUCUUUCAUUGAAGAAAUUAAGGUAUUCAACAAAGAAAGGCUCAACGGACAUUAUGGUGUAGGAGUGUACAUACUAUCUAACUUCAUCUCUUCGUUUCCUUUCUUGAUUGUGAUGUCAUUCAGUUCAGUGUGUAUUACAUACUUGAUGGUGAAGUAUCACCCUGGCUUCUCCCACUUCAUGUACGCUUUCAUCGACCUUCUUCUCUCCAUCUCCGUCGUUGAGAGCUGCAUGAUGGUGGUCGCCGCCCUCGUCCCCAAUUUCCUGAUGGGAGUCGUUGUCGGUGCAGGUUUCAUUGGCAUCAUGAUGGCUACAGCUGGUUUUUUCCGACUGCUUCCUGAUCUUCCUUUGAUAUUUUGGAAAUAUCCCAUCUCUUACAUCAACUACAUGGCUUGGGGCCUACAAGGGGCCUAUAAAAACGACAUGAUCGGGAUGGAGUUCGAGGGUCCAGUUGAGGGGCAACCGAAGCUAAAGGGGGAAUAUGUUCUAAGCUCAUUGCUAGGGAUAUCUCUACGUCACUCAAAAUGGUGGGAUUUGGGUGCCGUUGCAGUCAUUUUGGUAGCCUAUAGAUUGUUGUUCUUUAUAAUACUCAAGUUGAAGGAGAGAGCGAUGCCUGUGUUUCAUACUUACUAUACAAAGAGGACUCUUCACCAUCUCAGGCGCCGGCCUUCCUUCCGGAGACCGCUACCUUUCCCUUCUCCUUCCAAUUAGAGGCAUUCAUUGUCUUCUCAAGAGGGUCUCAAUUCCCCACUUCACUCAACCUAGCUCCCACUUUCUUAUUAACAUUAUUUAGUUUUUAAUGCAUGAAGCACUUCCCCUA